AAAACACAACGCUUUUCCCGUGAUUUUCGCGAAAAUGUUCAUUUUCUCGCACUCGCAGGAGCAAAGUCAAUUGUUAUUAGCUAGUGGGAAGUGUCUUCUUUCCUUGGACACUGGGAGCGAUGUCGUAAGCACGUUCAAUCUGCCGGAAAGGAAGGAUCCCGUUGAGGCAGACGAUGAGGAUGAUACCAAAACAAAGCCACCGGGCGAGGUGAAUCGAGACAUCCAGAACUGUGCGGUGUCCGGAUGCAAGUCCCUGGCAGUCACGACAAACGACAAGUUCCUCUUCCUCUUCAGCAUCUCCAAGUGGUUUCCGCUUGAGGCCAAUCUCGUGGCAGAGCGCAAGAUUCCGCGAGUUUCUAGUUCUCUCAGAUUCUCUAGGGACGGAAGUGAGUUGCUGGUGGCAGACAAGAGCGGAGACUGUGCGGUGUACAACUGCAAAGAGGAGGAUAAUCUCGCGGAGAGACAGCUGGGCGGCCACUUGAGCAUCGUCACGGAUAUUCUCUUGACGGCCGAUGAGAAGUUCUUCGUCACGAGCGAUCGAGAUGAGAAGAUUCGCGUCACGAGAUUCCCCGAGAGUCAUGAGAUCGAAUCUUACUGCCUUGGGCACAGAGAAUUUGUGUCGCAGAUUGAUCUGCUGCCACACGAUGAAUCCAUUCUUGUGUCUCUGUCCGGAGAUUCGACGCUGCGCUUCUGGAAUUACCAGAAAGGGAAGCAAAUCUAUCAGAUUGAUAUUCCUGCGGCUGGCAUCCGGAUGGUUAGCAGAGCCGAAGAGGCUUCAUCGAGUGUCUUUGCCAUUUACAUGCACGAAACCGACUGUCUGCUGAUUGUGAGAGUUUCUGGAGCGCUGGAAUUGCAUCAUGAAGUGCUGAAGAGUAUUCCGGUGAAGGAUUUCUUCGUGAGUUCUCUCAUCUUCACUGAUUCCCAACUGUUGUGCUUUGGAGUGGUUCAGAAAGAAGAAUAUCACUCUAAAAUCCUGGGAUUCAAUUCAACUGACUGGAAUUCAACUGACUUCUCCCGAGUCAAUGAGACUUUGAAGGAUCGCUUGGGAAGCUUUCGGGACAGGAAUCCCGGACAGAGCAUCUCAGGGCUAUUCAAGAAGAAGUACUCCAACAUCGAGGAGUAUCACGAGCGAAAGAGGAAGCGUCUCGAAGGCAAAGAGAGCAAUAAAUGAUGCUUUACUCA